AUGGGCGGUAAAAAUUUGGAGGAAGAAAGUUAUUAUCACGGUUUAUUACCGCGUGAAGAUAUACCACAUUUGCUUGUCAAUGAAGGUGAUUUCUUGGUACGAACAAGUGAAACAGCACCGAAUCAACCACGACAAAUCAUUAUUUCUGUUUUUGUGGGUAAAGCAAGUGGAAAUGUAAGACAUAUAGUGGUGCAACAAAAUGCUUACGGGAAAUUUUUGACUAAUGCUAAUGCAAGUUUUGAUUCUGUAACCGAUCUCAUACAGUUCUAUCUAAACUACGGUGAACCAAUUCUCAAUACGGUGCCAAAUUCAAUUUUGAAACGUGCAAUAACUCGUGCACCAUGGGAAUUACGACAUGAAACUGUUAUUAUUGAAAAUAAAAUUGGUGAAGGUGAAUUUGGUGAAGUAUUUUCUGGUAAAUACAAACUUCCAACCGGACGUAUGAUUGAUGUGGCAAUUAAAUUGGCUAAAACAGCAGAAACAUCAAAGGAAAAAAUAAAGGAAAUGAUGAAGGAAGCACGUCUAAUGCGUAAUUAUGAGCAUCCAAACGUUAUUCGUAUGUAUGGCGUAUGCGUCGAACGUGAUCCAUUACUUAUUGUUAUGGAAUUA